AUGGGAUGUCUUGAAGAGCUAUGUAGUUGUUCCCAUCGAACGUGGAUUCGGAUACGUGAUCUCCUCCAAGAGAUUCGCCAACGUCUUCGGGGGGAAGUCCAGAAUCUGGAGAACGAGGUUCUGAGGGUCGAGGUUCUUGCGGAACAGGCUAGAAACAAUGUUCGGAAAUUCCACGUUGUCUUCACGACGUGGAAGGAAAGUGCUGACAAGGCCUUGGAAGAGGCGCCAAAGCUGUUGGAUGACUUCGAAAAGGCGACCAAGACUUGCUGCUACGGGACUCUUCCCGACCCCAAAUCUCGCUACCAGUUCAGCAGGAAGGCCGAGGGCAAGAUCGAGGUCAUUAAGCAACUCACUCAAAAAUGCAGCAGAUUCAACGCAUUGAACGACAUCUCCUUCAUCGAUCCUGCUUUCACUUCUUCUGCCUCGAAGUCGAUUAAGCUUGGGGAUGAUGGCGUCUUCGAAUCCAGAGCUUUGAUGAUACGGAACAUCAUGGGUGCUCUUGCCGACGACAGUAAUAGUGUGGUCGGGGUUUAUGGGAUGGGCGGGAUCGGCAAGUCCACCCUUUUAGUGGAUGUUGAAGGGAAAAUAAGAGAAGAAAAGUCGUUUGAUUGGGUAGCUAAGGCGGACGUAUCAGAAAAUCCGGACAUCAAGACGAUUCAAGGAGAGAUUGCGGACGCCUUGGGCCUUACUAAGAUAAAGGAGAAAGAGACUAUCAGCGGGCGAGCGAAACUUCUGCACGAGAGGUUGAAAGACGAGGAGAGGGAGAAAAAGAAGGUCCUCAUAAUACUGGACAACCUGUGGAAGGGGCUCGACUUAAACAAAGUCGGCAUUCCUUGCGGACACGACAACAAAGUCAUAGGAUGCAAGUUAUUGUUAACGUCAAGAGAUCGUAAUGUUUUGCGAAGUGAAAUGGGCUGCGACAAGGACUUCCCCCUUGGUGAGCUGGAGGAGGAAGAGGCAAGAAGUUUGUUUGAGAGGUGGGUGGGAGACAAAGUUCAUGAUGACAAGUUCAAACCCUUGGUGGAUGAAGCGCUCCACAAAUGUUUUGGUAUGCCUUUCCUAAUUGUCCAUAUGGCAAAAGUUUUUAAACUUGCUGAUUUACCUGAAUGGAAGAAUGUUUUGAAACAAAUCAAGCUGUCUAAAAAUGAAGAAUCGGGGAAGUGA